UGCUGGUGUUCGCCAGUGUGUAUGUUAGCCCCGUGAUGAUCGCCGUGGUCGCGCUGUGGUCCCUACGCCCGCACCCAGGGACGGGCGGCGCCCACACCCGCACUCCGGGCUGUUGAGUGGGGCGCAGCCACGGUGUCGGCAGGCCGCUGAGGCCCGCCCAGAGAACCGCCCGCAGCAGCAGCAACGCCCACGACGCUGCUUCUGCUGCUGGUGGUUGAGGUGGUGGCGCUGGCUCUGCCUGGCGGCGCCCGCCCACCAGCACGAGGAGGACACACCUCAGCACCAGCACCAGGCAGCGGGGGGGCACCAGGCGGCGGCGGCGGGGCACACGCACAAGCUCCUGCCACGACUACAGCGCCCUCAGGAGGGGCAAGAGGAGCUCCCCUCUUUAAACGACGGCGGCGGGUGCAGCAGCGGUGGCGACGAAGGCGCUGGUGCGGUUGGUCAGGGCAGCAUGGCGCUCCUAAACACGACAAACUCGCCUCCCGCCCAUUGCUUCGUCAAGCGGACUUUCCACAAGCCCGUGUACUGCCACCACUGCACAGACCUGCUGUGGGGCAUCAUCGGCCAGGGCUACACCUGCGAGGUGUGCAACUUCGUGGUUCAUGACAAGUGCAUCAAAACUGUGGUAUCACCAUGCUCCAGCGUCGCCCCAACACUUGUCAAGACGCCCGUGGCCCACUGCUGGUCCGAGCCCGCCCAUCACCGCAGACGCCAUUGCAACGUCUGCAGGAAGAAACUGGACGACACACUUGCCAUAAAAUGCGAAGUGUGCGAGUACUACGUGCACGUGGAGUGUGGAGACUUCACUGUAGCCAACUGCAAGGACUGCGCUACCUUCGUGCCGGAGAAGAAUCUUCCUCAAGUAGUCCAACAACACCACUGGCGGGAGGGCAACCUGCCGCCCAACUCGAAAUGUGUGGUGGACAAGAAGACCUGCUGGACCGCCGAGUGUCUGGCAGGGAUGAGGUGCGAAUGGUGUGGCUUCACGGUGCACGCCAUGUGCGCCGAAAAGGUUCCGCCUGAAUGCACGUUUGGGCUACUCGAACCUAUCAUGUUACCCCCUUCAGCAGUGAGCAUUCCCAGAACAGAAGUGCCAAUGGAAGCAAUAAUCGGGGUGCAGAGUCGAAGAAAGGACAUUCUCUCUCCCCGGAAUAUAUCAGUCGAGUUCACCGGAGGAGACUACAGGCGAGAUCCCGACGAGUCGAGAGAGCGCUCGAGGGAGGAGAAAGAUGAAGAAGUCGUGAAGGUCUUCGACGGCAACAGCUCCCUUCAGCGCCGCAUGUUCCGCCAAGUGACGGUCUCGCGCGCAGCCUCCGUCAAGGAAUUCCUGACUGCUGCCAUGAGGGCCUUCCACGUGCCCCAGGACACUACCAAGACCUACUUGACGGACGCAUACUCGGCCGAAGAAGUUGAACUCGAGGACCCUUUGCCUGUUACGAAACUCACGAAAAAGGACGGGAAGCGACCCGCCGUCUUCCUCAGAUACAGAGAAAAGGACAAUGACGAAGGGACCAUUCGCGUGUACCCCUCGCGGCUGGGAGCUGCUGUGACCAUCGAAAACACGGGCAUCAACGUGACCUCGAACACCGUCGUCACGGAGGUCAUAGACCAAGCGCUCAAGAAGUUCGGCCUUCCGGAGAGUAAACCACAAGAUUACCGACUGGUGGAGGUCAUGCUGGACAAAGGAGUGUCGGAGCGGGUGAUGGAGAGCACGGAGCGCCCCUGGGAGCUUCUGAAGGCCGUGGGGCGCGACAGCAUCCGGCAGAUGGAGAUGACUCGCUUCUACCUGCAGCUGGUGAAAGACCCGCACGGCCCCAGCAUCGCCCUCUUCGUCGGGAACCUUCCUCCCAACCAGUCUCAGCGACAAUACGAGAACAUUCUCACCGACAUUUUGGGUAAAUCCGGUUACAAGUACUCAAGCAUCGGCCCCAUCUACUACGAAUACGGGUCAAUGGUCAUCACAUACGAGGACUCUGACCUGGCCGUGCGUGCCUUUUACACUCUCAGAGAGUCUAGUUAUGAGGACAAGAAUCUACUGGUGAUGUUGCUGCCGAACAUCCUCCCUCACAUGAUUUCCGAGGGCGUGCAGCCGCUCCUCGUCUUCGUCAACGUGAAGUCUGGAGGAUGUCAGGGCCUGGAGCUCAUUUCCUCCUUCAGGAAGCUGCUCAACCCGUACCAGGUGUUCGACCUCGACAACGGCGGUCCUCUGCCGGGGCUGUACGUGUUCCGGCACGUGCAGAACUACAAGAUCCUGGUGUGCGGCGGCGACGGCACCAUCGGCUGGGUCCUGCAGUGCCUCGACAACGUCGGCCAGGAUUCGGAGUGCCAGUCUCCCGCCUGCGCCAUCGUGCCGCUGGGCACCGGCAACGACCUGGCUCGCGUUCUGCGCUGGGGCCCCGGCUACAACGGGGGCGAGGACCCCAUCAACCUCCUGAAGGACGUGAUCGACGCGGAGAACGUGCGGCUCGACAGGUGGACCGUCGUGUUCCACGUGGACGAGAAGAUGGAGGACAAGCAGCCGCUCACCACCUCCAUAGCAGCGUCCACCAGCGAGGACAACACGCAGAUCUUCGUGAUGAACAAUUACUUCGGCAUAGGAAUCGAGGCCGAACUGUGUCUGGACUUCCACAACGCGAGGGAGGAAAACCCCAACAAAUUCAACAGCAGACUGCACAACAAGGGCGUCUACGUGAAGAUGGGUCUCCGCAAGAUGGUCUCCAGGAAGCUGUGCAAAGACCUGCACAAGGAGAUUCGCCUCGAGGUGGACGGUAAGCACGUGGAGCUUCCCCCGGUGGAGGGCAUCAUCAUCCUGAACAUCCUGUCGUGGGGCUCGGGGGCCAACCCCUGGGGACCCGAGAAGGACGACCAGUUCAACAAGCCCAACCACUGGGAUGGCCAUCUCGAGGUCGUCGGCGUCACGGGUAUCGUCCACCUUGGCCAGAUUCAGUCCGGUCUGCGGUCUGCCAUUCGCAUCGCUCAGGGAGGCCACAUCAGGAUCAAACUCAACUCGGAGCUCCCGGUGCAGGUGGACGGCGAGCCCUGGAACCAAGCGCCCGGCGAGGUGGUCGUGCUCAAGUCGGCGCUCAAGGCCACCAUGCUUAAGAAAACGUCAAAGUCAAAGCUGCGCCGACGGAACACCGAACCUUCCAUGGUGGCGAAGGAGAAGGAGCAGUCCAAGCUGCAGACCAUUCGGCCGGACCCGGCCUCCUCCUCGCAUCCUCUCUAGUCGCUCUACGCCGCCGCUCUCACUUGCAUCGAAACCUUCUAGGGUCUCCCGGUCCUUCCUUGGUUCCCCUUCCUCCUUCCUCGCCCUUCCCUUUCUCAAGCAACAUCGUGUCGUUCUCGCCCCACCCCCUCCUCCCCUUCCUGUCUUCCUUCCUCAAGCGAUCUCCAAAUACCAAAUAUGACUAGUCUUCCCUCACAGUCUCCCCCUUUCCCCCACCCCCUUAAGCCCCCCCCCCCCCAUCCCAUGUUCUUCGUCAUCGGCAUUAGCGUCACCACCGACAUCGCCAGAAUGAGAUUACAAGAACGGCGCGGGCUAAGCCUUCGCCGCAGCUAGGAAUUCAAGAUUAUAGCAACGUUCACGAAACCGACUUGGAACUUCCACUGAGGCCCCGAGCAUCGUGGACACCGGCGACUGCAGCUCCGAGACCCAGAAAGAGAAUCGAAAUAUAAUCUGCGACCAGGAGCAAGAGAUCGACACUUGGAGGACCGGAGGAUCGAGCUGGUGAUCCGCGAUGUCUCUCGGUGGCCAGGGACUCAUCACCGGCUUUCACCUUCGAGACGCUGGCCUCAGGGCGUCCAGCGGAACUUUAUCGUGUGUUGGAUGCAUGACCUACAAGUGAGGGUGUGAGACGGGGUUUCCGGGCCGCGAUGGGGACGCUGAGUGACAUUGCGAAGUAAAAAGAAGCAACUGCAAGCUCCUGCAAGGGUCGUGGCCGCGAGGAGACAUCGCCCGGAGCCCCUUAACUGGCUCUUGCACUUCCUCACGCCAAGAGAAACGAAACGAAACUGAACCCCGUGAAAUGAAACUUCAACUGAACCUGAAUCUAAUCGCUUUUUGAAAGUUUAUUUGAAUGUUCGCAAGAGAGGUGUCCACAGCGCAAGUGUGUGUGCUCUGCCUCCAAACUGUUGAGAGACAAAUGCGACAUCAUGAAAAUAAGCUUUGAUAUCAUUCCAUUUUGGGCGGAAGGGCGCGUCGCCCGCCUGCCUUCCGGUGCCACAGUGUUGUGAGAGGCGUGACCGUGGUGCCAGUAACCGUGUCACGUGCCAAGAGGCGUUAACCCCAUUAUAUCUAGCGCCCGUAUAUCUAGUCUCUACGUGAAGACAAUGCACUAAAAUGCACAAACAACGUAUUUCCUGCUGUGUUUGUAUAACAUGUAGUCACGUCGGGUGUGAGUGUCCUGUCUUCAAGAAGUUGCGUUCAUCUCCUGUUGUAUCAUCGACGUCAGUGGUGUUGUUACUAGUGAGCUCAGAGUGUCACCGCAUGCCAAGGUGGACACCAAGCUUGUGCUGUGUGGCCUCGCCCCUCACACGCCCUCGCUGCACGCCCGCGCCCCACGCCCGUCGCCGUGGCUGGGGAGGGGUAGGAGUGCGUGUUGAGGGGUUUGCGGGGGUCAUAUGGCUCCCCCCCCCACCCCCGCUUUUCUAUAGGUGUAGAAACUCUCAUUCUAUUCCAUGUUCUAUCGAUCAUUUUUCUGCCUCUUAUAUUGUGCGCUCUACUUUAUAUAACGUGCAAGAGGACAGGCAAGUCUUCGUGUCAUAUGGCACUAAACCCGACGCGUGACAAGUUUUACCCCAAACUUCUUUAAUGACGUAACACGGACGACGCUCGCACGGGAAUCCUGAAAGGUACCGCAUGUCUCGGUGUCAUUUUACCCUCAUACUUCUGACAGCCUCAUACCCUCCCACCCUUGACACAGGACCUCAUAACUGUGAGGACAACGAUCUGACUUGACCACGUGACACAGUUUUAGUGAAUCCUUCAACGUCUAGAUACAUAUCAGACAUAUAAACGUAUCAGUUGUAACAGCCGUAACACUUGACCCUGGACAGACCGAAAGACACUUGGCAUAAAAAACUUUAUGUGAUAAAGAUACAAUUGGCAUUUCUGGUAAUCUAAUAUUUCUAAAUAUGCUUUACCUGACGUCCUUUCGUCAUUGUUUUCUCCCUACAUUCUUGUCUGUUGUGUUUUUAUUCACUUCGUCUCUUCGUUCCUUCAUUAACCUUCCAACCAUGACUUUUUUCCAGCAUAACUUUCCCAAGACGUUAAGGAACCUGACUGCCCAUAACCUCUCAACCUUCCACGACGGUUAAUCCAUUCUCUGUCACGUGACAGUGUUCUCUCGAGCUUACCUUAACUUUACGAUUCUUGCCUGCCUUCUGGUCUCACUUCCGGAGUUCUCGGGGACGCUAGUGUGGCGCUGGGACCAAGAGCCGCUCUUUUACAGUGCCAUAAUCAUAGUGCCAAGAGAAAUUGUGCCAAUCGUGUCAUUGCGGUGAAGCGAAGAGUCGGAUUUUUUUUCUCAAGGAGGUUAUUGGAGUGGCGUAAGGACAGUGAAGGUCAGACGUUAAAUCUGCAGUGCUUCAGGGUAGAUCGGGUUUAGGUACGUGUGGAUGUGUGUGUGAAGAGGCAGUAAGCUGAUGCGGGGCCGUGGACAGCGCCUUCCGCACGCUGAGAGCAGGCGGGGAAAAGAGAGCGGAGAGUGAAAAAGAAAAAUAGGUCUAAGACUGAAAGGAAUGAAUGAAGGAAGAGCUGAAACGUCACGUGAAGAAUUUACAGCAUAAAAGCAGUAUGUUCAGUCAAUCAUAUCAAAGGGAAGAGGUAGAACUAAUUAGAUCUAUUAUGUAAACUUAGGAACAAUAAUGAUGUGAGAGGCUUUGGUGAUGUCAGUCUGGACAGAAAGAGAGAAGCAAGAGAUAACUGAUGAAUGCAAGGAAUGGUAGAAUCUCGAGGACAGUGAAAGAUAAGGUUCAUAGAGACGGAGAAAGACAGAGAAGAAAUCUCAGUGACAGGGAGAUAUAGAGAAGCGGUGAGCUAUGGUGGGAGGAUGGGUUAGGAUACCAGGCGGUGGAGAUCACAAGGAUGUGGACAAACUGCGAGAAAAGUGAGGGAGCGUAACAGAUUCUAAAGAUAUAGUAGCAAUAUAUACACACAUACAUACAUACAUAUAUAUAUAUAUACA